ACAGAAAUUGCUUUGCUGCUGACCAUUUUCACUAACCGAUUGCCUAGCUGCUAGAUCAUCCCUCCUCCUGUCAUUAGUUGCCAGUAGCUCUAGCGCCUGACUCUGCGUGAUCUGCGGGACAUCUGUUACGUUCAGCGUCGUCAGAUACCAUGCAGACUGCCACGUCACCGUCGCUUCUUCUCCCACACGCGGCGUCGUCCGUCGCCUCGCCGUGGUCCGCGACCAGGCCAAUUGGCGCGCCUGCUGCCCAGCAAUGGCCAGUUCUGAAGUGCAACGUGGGCGGACGUGAUCGAUCCGUGCGCGCGCAAGCGGAAAAAGCCGCGCGUGGGCCGAUAGGGGAGUAUGGGGAGCGCGUGAUGGUGGGGGAUGCGGGGGAGGAGGAGGCGGCGGGCGACGAGGAGAUGGCGAUCAAGCUGGAGUGCGACGAGAGCGGCUGUGUGCUCGUCGUCGGACGGAACGUGCCGACUCUCGACGACGACUCGCAGGGCUACCUGCAAUGUAACCUCACAGGCUGUUUCUACGACAGCGCGGUGCCGGUGGCGGAGUUCCGCGUGCUGGAGGGGUCGGGGUGGCGCCUGGGCUACGAGACCGCGCCCGCCAACGAGGAGGCCUUCUGCGCCAUGGUGGGCGCGGGCGGGUGGAGCGUGGCGCUGACGGCGUCGGAGUUCAACGACUUCUGCAAGCUGGUGCAGAUGCUGCGGAAGGGGCUCAUCACGAUGGACCAGGACGGCGUGCUCAACCGAGACGACAUCGUCAUGCAGGUGGAGCGGGGCAAUCUAUGGAUGGAGUGUGUGGUGGCGCGCCAAACACUGCCCACGCUGCAGCGGUUUCUCAAGAUGGGAGGGAGGCCCAGUGGAGCAGCCUUCGCCAUCCGCUUCAUUCUCUCAGGGACCGACUCCAAACGCCAGGCGGAGGGGUUCUGGCCAGCGGAGGCGGUGAUGGACAUGCUGGCGAAGAUGGACGAGCUCUCAGCGCCCUCACAGCCCACCACUGGUAGCUCCUCAAGCAAGCGCGCAGAGCCAGUCACAGCCUGAGCGGCUCAUUUGUCGACAAUUCAUUAUUCCGGCAGUUCUGAAAGCAACUUGUGUUUCUUUCAGCGAUCAGAAUCUCCAUGUGCAGAGUCAGAUCAGUGCUUGCAACAGUGGGUGCUAGAAGGUUAAUUGCAUUGGUUAGAGUGCUGUUGGCUCCUCCAAGCUCCCAUGCAAAUGGGCACAUGCCAACAGGGCUCUCAUGAUAGGAUAUUUGAGACCCCAGCUUUGAGUCCUUUAUAGGCCUCUUUUUCGAUUGUUGUCAUCUUGAAAGAUGUCAAGGCAGAAUAAUUGAAACAGGGGUAU